AUGGAGCUAGAUGAUGAUGUGAUGGUGGAAUACUUAGAGAUUAACUCUGAUCCAUUUUCUCAAGAGGAUGAUGAAACUUGCCAAUUACCAGAAGAAUGGGUUUUUGAUCUUGCUGAAGAAAGAAAGAGGAAUAUCAGAACAAAUCUCAGUGAUACUGUUAUGGAAAGGGAUCCUGAUCUGACAUCCAACAUUGAAGAAGCCCAAUCUAAUCAGGAUAUUGGCUUAGAUUUUCUAGAUGGAAAUCCUUAUUAUGUAGAGACUAUGGUAGAGCUUGAAUGCAGUAGGACUGCUACUAAAGCAAAUGGCUCAGCAGGAGGUAUCCUGAUGGGUGCAGACACAGAUCUUUUUAAUAUGGCUAUAGGAGAGAUGUUGAACUACUCAGUUAGUGUAAUUAUGACAUGUAAGAAAACUAGGUUCUCUUGGAAGUUAAUAGUGGUGUAUGGCCCUGCCUAUGAUGAACAGAGGCAAACCUUUUUAGAUGAGUUAGAUUUAGUGAUGAAUAGUUGGCAAGGUCCAAUUCUUAUUGGAGGAGAUUUUAACCUAGUCAGAUUUCUGAGUGAUAAAAAUAAUGGGAUAAUCAAUCACAGAUGGGCUGAUAGUUUUAAUGAGUGGAAGGACUCUUUUAAAGAUAUGGUGAAAAAGUCUUGGAAUACACCUUGUAGGCUAGCUAAUAGUAUGGAUAGGUGGCCAUUUAAAAUCAGAACCCUUAGAAGGAUGGUGAGGGGAUGGGCAGCCAAUGAGGUUGCUGCUAUGAACAAAACUAAGGUUGUGCUGGUGGAUAAGUACAGUAAAUUAGAAAUUCUAUCUGAAUCUACAGAGCUUAAUUCAGAGGAACUCAAUGAGUUCAGAGCUGUAGAAAAGGAGUUAGAACAUAUCUAG